AUGUUCUCCCGUCUCAACCAAUUAGCCCGGCACCUCUCGCGCCCACUACCAAACUACCUCCACAACAGCGCCGCAGCAACAUUGACCUCCCGCACCGCAAACAUGGCCGCUCGCUCAGCAGCAGAGAACAGCAAGAGACAGAUCCACACAGCAGGAUGCAUAAUCAUAGGAGAUGAAGUCCUAGGUGGAAAGGUAAAAGAAACCCUCUCCUCUCCUCUCACCAAACAAACAAGAAGCCACACACUCCAUUCGAACAGCACUGAUGUGGGACACAGACAGUCGACACAAACUCCGCCUACCUAGCAAAAUACUGCUUCCAACUCGGAAUAGCCCUCUCCCGAAUCGAAGUAAUCCCCGAUUCCGAGUCAGACAUCAUCGAGUCCGUCCGUCGCAUGUCGUCGACCUACGACUUCGUCGUCACAUCCGGAGGCAUAGGACCUACCCACGACGACAUCACCUACCAGAGUAUCGCGAAAGCAUUCGACCUUCCGCUCGUUCUCCACGAAGAGGCGUAUAAGAAGAUGAAGAAACUAUCCAAGCCACCUGGGAAGCAAGAAUUCAACGAGACUGACGAAGAAUGGGAAAAGGAUACUGCUGCCAGGAGAGCGAAACUGAGGAUGAUUCAAUUGCCUUAUGAUAAGAAUUUGCCCGAUGAGGAGCAGGUUAUCUUCGUGAGUGAGGAUCUGUGGGUCCCGGUCAAUGUCGUCAACGGGAACAUACAUAUUCUCCCUGGAAUUCCACGACUGUUUGAGAAAUUACUGCAAGGCCUGAAGCCACGGAUUCUGCCGCGAUUGGUUGAUCCAGAAGGAAAGGGUGUCUAUCGCAUCAUCUUCAGCACGCCAUUACCGGAGAGCGAAGUUGCCGAGUUCUUGACCGAGCUGUCGCAGAAGACGGAGCCGAAGGGCGUCAAAGUAGGAUCAUAUCCAAGGUGGGGCAAGUCGAGAAACACCGUCACGCUAGUCGGCAAGGACAAGGACUUCAUGGAUUCGUUGGUCGAGGAGGUGGAGAAAGGUGUCAAGGGACGGAGAGUCCAAGCUGAGGGUGAGGACGAUGAUGAGAAGCCCGACAACGAUUCAUGA